GCUGCCAGUGCGGAGGGAACCGGCGCCGGCAGGCCGAGGAACGGCGAGUCGCCCCGCUGAGCGCCGCCCUGAUGUUGGCCACGGUCGCGCUUUUGCUGUUCGCCGCCAUCGCGCUCCUCCUGGCCCUCGGGAUCUGCGGGAGCAGGAGAGACCCGGCGGAACGGAGCCUCCGAUCCAUCCCUGGGCCCUCGGCGCUGCCUCUCAUCGGGAACCUGGCCGAAUUCAACCACAGACACCUCCACGUCCGCCUCAGCGAACUGGCCAAGACCUUCGGGCCGAUUUACAGACUCCGGCUGUGGGGCCAAGAUAUCAUUGUCCUAAACUCCUUGGAUGUGAUCAAAGAAGCGCUGGUGAAGAGGUCGUCAGAGUUCGCUGGGCGCCCGAAGUCGUUUGUAGGAGAAUACAUAUCCUUCGGCGGGAAGGACCUGUCUCUCGGAGAUUACACCCACACGUGGAAGAUCCAGAAGAAGAUGGCGCACAGUGCAAUACACCGGAGUCGGAUAUCGGCCCUCGAGCCGGUCGUGAUGCGAGAGGCAGAGAGGUUGUGUGAGGUUUUCCGGAAGUGUGAAGGGUCUCCUGUGGAUCCCAACAGGGAGUUCUCCAUGUCCACCUGCAACACAAUAAGCUCCCUGAUCUUCAGUACCAAUUACGACAGGAGCGACCCACGACUCCAGGAGAUUCACGACUGCUUGGCGGAGCUGAUUGCCCUGUGGGGCUCCCGCGCAAUCGGCCUCAUUGACAUGUUUCCUGUUCUACAGCGAGAUCAUGGCCACCACUCUGUGUUCCAGGUGACAUUCCAGAAGGGAGUUACUCGGGAUAUCACCGAUAUGCUGAUGAGGACCAUUUGGGACCGGGAGGAGGGCUCUUUGGAACAGGGUGAGGUCACGGAGGAACAUGUUCACAUGAUGAUCGUGGACCUGCUUAUCGGCGGGAUGGAGACGACCUCAUCCACUCUCGGCUGGGCAAUUGCGUAUUUGGUUCACUGGCCCGAGGUCCAGGACCGGAUUUACCAGGAGAUGUGUUCCGGAGUCGGCGAGGACCGCUACCCCGAAUACUCUGACCGCCAGAGUCUGCCGCUCCUGACGGCCGCGAUCGCCGAGGUCCUGCGCCUGCGACCCGUUGUACCUUUAUCCCUGCCGCACCGAGCAACCCGCGACAGCAGUGUUGCUGGCUACUUCAUCCCAAAUGGGACCAAAGUCAUCACAAACCUGUUUCAGGCAAAUUACGACGAGAGCAAAUGGAGCGAGCCGACCCACUUCAGACCAGAGCGUUUCUUGGACAUGCCUGAGGCAGAGAAGACAAUACAGAACGUGAUCUCCUUCGGCAUGGGCGCAAGGUCAUGUCUGGGGGAACCCUUCGCCCGUAUCGAGCUCUUCCUUUUCCUCGCGUACCUCCUGAAGGACUUCAAGUUCCUACCAGAGGAGAGGGGGGUACUCCCCAAUCUACAGUGCAUGGAGGGGAAGCUGAUGAGAAUCAAACACUAUCGAGUGACCAUUGUUCCCAGGUCCAAUCUCAAGGAUGACUAG